AUGUGACGCCGCGAUGCAUUGCUGGCUUGUUUAGGGAAAUGAUGUUUGCGUUGGUUUGAAACCAGUUUAAAAGAUUUUAAGCGAUUUAAAGGUGUCCGUCAGAGUGCUAGAACCCCGGCACUGAAGCUUGAGAAGCAAUGAGGAAGAGUGGCUGUGAAAGCAGAGGAACUGUAUGGUACAGCAACACUUGUCAAAAUCAAAUAGCAAAAGUUUGCUCAAAGGAAUGUCUGAUGUCUUUUUAGUGAGGCUAUUACGAAGACUUUUAAGCUACUUGCAUUAGUUUGUUUGUUUCAAUCAUGAGCCCUAGGAUCUCUGUUCUCAUGAGUGCUUUGCAGUACUGUAUAAUGGCAUGUUACUGCUCUCCACGCCCAGAACAUGGACCUCAGUCUUACUCAAUAGUAGUGGAUGCAUCCAAACCACAAAAGGAACUGAAGCAUUUCUGGAGGAGUACAGGAUUUUGCCCCCCUCUGCCACACAACAGAGCAGACCUGUUUGACUUAAGUAAAGACCAAGAACUGAACCUUGCAUAUGUUGCCUCAGUACCUCACAGUGGCAUUGAACAAGUUCGAAUUCAUUGGCUAUUGGAGCUAAUUUCAAUUCGAGAGAUAAAUGGCAAGCCACAGUACAAUUUUACGAACUUGGAUCGUUUAAUUCACAGAAUCUGGGAAAAUGACUUAACACCAGGAUUUGAACUCAUGGGAAAUCCUUCAGGUUAUUUCACCAAUUUUGAAGAAAAAAUACAAGUGUUUGAAUGGAAAAAAAUGAUCACCUUUUUGGCACAAAGGUACAUAGAUAUGUAUGGUAUAGCAUAUGUGUCAAAGUGGAAUUUUGAAACAUGGAAUGAACCAGAUCAUCAUGACUUUGAUAAUUUAACAUUCACAGUUCUAGGAUUCCAAAACUACUAUGAUGCCUGUUCAGAAGGUCUGAAAGAUGCCAGUACGCUACUUAAAUUCGGUGGUCCUGGAGGUUCAUGCCAUCCUCCCCCACACUCACCAAUUUGUUGGGGCUUGCUAAAUCACUGCUAUAAUGGGACCAACUUCUUUACAGGAGAGAUUGGAAUACGAUUGGAUUAUAUUGCAUUACACAAAAAAGGUGCUGGUAGGUCUCUGCACAUCAUAGAGCAAGAAUUGGAUACAGUUCAUCAGAUCCAGAAACUCUUUCCUAAAUUCCAGUCAAUCCCCAUUUACAACGAUGAGGGUGAUCCACUGGUCGGUUGGUCAAUUCCUCAAGUCUGGAGAGCUGAAGUGACUUACGCUGCUAUGGUUGUUAAGGUAAUAUCACAGCACCAGAAUCUGCUAAUUGCGAAUCCAAAGAGCACUAUAAAUUUUACAUUGCUUAGCAAUGAUAAUGCCUUCCUGAACUACCACCCAAACUACUUUACACAGAGGACUCUUACUGCCAGAUUUCAGAUGAACAAUACAAAGCCACCACAUGUACAGAUGAUUCGCAAACCAGUGCUCACUGUUAUGGGAUUGUUGGCAUUAUUAGGUGAGAAACAACUGAAAGUAGACGUGAUGCUCAGUGGCGAUGCCUCGGAUUGGAAUAGCACUUUGGGAGCACUAGCAAGUAUUCACGAGCCUUCAACUCGUCAUUCCUCUGACUGUUGGCAGUCUGCAGUAUUGAUUUACAAUAGUGAUGACAUUCGAACAUCUUUAGAUGUUACCUUCGUGACUAUCAACCUGACUAAUUUUCCCACUCAGAAAGAACUCAUGUAUGUCAUUUACCACCUGGACAACAAUGACACAAACCCUUACUUGCAGUGGAAGAAUCUUGGAAGCCCGGAUUUUCCAACAGUGGAUCAGUUUCGUAUUAUGAGAGAAAUGGAGGAUCCAGUAGUAAAGGGACCAAUACCAUUUCCUCCCGAAGAAAUCCUCAUUUUAAAACUACAGCUUCGUCUUCCUUCCGUGUAUCUUUUGCACAUUUGUGCAAAGCCCGAAAGGCCUCCAAAUCAGGUUAAUGGUGUGAACUUCAUACCUCUGACCCUGGGUCAGGUGGUUAUCAGUUGGAAUGAUGGUUGUGUCAAUUCAAAAUGUUUGAAAACAUUUGAAGUAGAGUUUUCAGUUAAUGGAAAAGUUUACAAAAGGAUUAAUGAUAAGGACACUAUAUUUACCAUUUUUGUCUAUGCUCCACUCAGAAAGAGAAAAGAUCUGUCUGGUUUCUACCGGAUUCGAGCGGUGGACUACUGGGGCAAAGCUGGAAAAUAUUCCGACCCUGUUAAAUACAUUGAAAGGAAGUAUUAGAAAAAGUUUGUGAGAAACAUUUGUAAUACCAAUAAGUAUCUACUCUAUGUGGGUAACUAUCUAAGAUAACAUGGCGAUACAAGCCAUAAUAAUUCUUAUUUCAAAAUGACAUCAUGAAUGAAAUAUUUUUUAUUGUUUAGUAAUAAAAUUCUAUUGGUCUUUUAUAAGAUCAUAAUAAAUUUGCACUGCAUGUUUCACUGGUGAAUAAAAUCUACAUCUAUGAAUGGUUUUCCUGAUUUGUUCAAAAUUAAAUAUGAGGUUAGUG